AUGUACAACAGGUUGGGCCUGUUCUACACAAGUGUGUGUAAAUACAGGUGUGCUAAAAUCUGUUUUGAACAUGCCAAGGAAAACCUUCCUGAUGAGGACAACAUCAUCACAGCAGUCAUCUUGCAGAACCUUGGAACCGCCUGUUCUUUGUUGAGGGAAUUUAAAGAAGCUUCUAAGUAUCAAGCUCAAGCUGCCAAGAUCUAUGGUAAAUUCAAGGAGGAGGAACAACAAGGUCACUGCUUUUUGAAUCGGGGAUAUGCCUACAGUCAGCUUAAUAUGUUGGAGGAGGCGAAGGAUGCCUUUCUACAAGCUAGUUUAGUAGCUGCUAGAUGUGAUGACAAAAUGUCAGAGUGGCAGGCCCAGGAGAGUCUAGGCGCGGUUGAGGCUAACCUGAAUCGGUUUGACCGAGCGCGGAACCACCUGGAGGAAGCCCUGUACGCUGCCCGUCUACACAGCAACGACAAACACUCCAAGAGCUGUCAACGGAUAUUCUUGAAACUGCAGCAAGUUGUCAGGCUCAUACCCUCUAAAAGGAUGACCGAAGAACUGAAAACUGAGGUACAUUUUAUUAGUCCCCUACCAGUGGCAUAGGAAGGUGCCAAAAAGUGUGUUGGGGCGAGGGGGCACA